GUAGAGGUUUAAUCAGUUUAAAGAAACACCUCCUGGAAAACAGUUCAUUUCUGCCAAUCCCGCUAUACUUAGGCUUAAAAAAUCUUUUACUGUUCUGUAUUUUGUUGGCGUUCUACGUUAAGCACUACUGCUGUCGGUUAAUCUGUUUAUAGAAGCUAAUACGGACGUGGAACCGAAAUAGAGAAUGAUCGUGGGUGAUCUGCUUGACUCACUGAAGUCAGCCGUGAAAACGACGGUGUUUUUUGUACUAUUCUGCGCGCUUCUGCCUCUGUUUGUUAUCAGUUAUGCAACGGUGGCAACGAGUCGCAAACUGUGGAUAGCGUUUUUGGCAAACCGUUAUCCAUAUCUGAAAUUCGCUCGUACAAACAACAUUCGCAGCCUGGUGGAUACAUCGCGGAACCCGGGAGUGUUUCACGUACUUCUGCAAGUCGAAGGCAGCUGUGACAUCCAUGCAAUCAAGGCAAAGUUCAUUGAUCACGUUCUAGGCAGACGAGAUCAUACGGGGCGCUUGUGUUUCUCACGUUUAAAAUUCCCGCUCAUUUCCUGCUGGGGACAGUACGCUUUUGUCAAGAAAACCAAAGAUUUCAACAUUGAUAAUCACAUCAUACUGUCCCCUCUGCUACAUCGUGGCCGACCACUGACCGAAGCCAACCUGCAGGAGUAUGUGAGCGAGAUCAUCUCCAAGUAUAUGCCUCCGGACAUUUCCCCGUGGCAGAUUUUUUGUAUUCCGAUGUUCUCCAGCAGUCCGGCCAGUGGAUCUGCCGAGUGUGAUAGUAAUGCACCAUAUUAUUACCUCUUGUAUAGAAUCCAUCAUUUGCUCCUGGAAGAGCAAGAUAAGCUGAGAAUUGCGGACCUGUUAUUGAUAGAUAACCAGAGCGAAUUGAAGGAGAGCGAUGCAACGAUCUCUGAGUGCGGUUCUAUUUUCACUAACCUGAUGGAGAAACCUCGCUUCAUUCCGCGGAUUUGGGGAGAUCUCUGCGUUACGAUUAGCAACGUGUGGAAUGAGUUUGUGUACCAACACGAUCCGCUGGAAUCGCCGGAUAUUGAAAGAAAACACAUUGCAGGAAUUCAACAACUUAUUUCAGUUAUUCUAAUUGGAGCAGUUGCAGUAGUGUCCGAUUUCUCGAAAGGGUUUUGGAAGGUUCCCGAGAGUCCGCUGAUGAAAAUUGAUUUUCUGAAGUCCUUGAUCGAUCGCGAGAUUCAGCGAAGAAACUUAAAUCUAGGAACUAUUUGGAAUGCCAUCACAGCUUCUUUCGAUCCUAUCAACGUCAUCAAAGAGGGUAUUUUUAUUUCCUGGAAAAUCGGUGCAACAUUGACGCUGAUGGUGCCGUGGUAUGUGUUCAGAGAGAUAGAGGCCAUUAGAAUAUACAUUUUAUUAAAGAAGGCUAAAAGAAACACUGUGAUCGGUUUCCUGCUUGAAUAUGUUCCCAUAUUCUAUGGUGCACUGCUGGAGUACUGGAAAGGGGUGAAGCUAUUAUACACGGCUCCUAAAUUGGUUUACGAGGAAAUUUUCGAACUUAAACCAAAUACUGGACAUUAUUUGCAGAAUGUGAGCCUUUGUGGAAGAAAGGUAGUCUCAUGGUCAGAGAGUAUUAAAACCAGUGAUUUGGAGGUUAAUUCGACAGAAUCCUCAACAACUAGAAGAACAGGAUCCAACCAUUCGAAGCAGAACUGCAACUCACCCAGUCAGAUUGAGAUUCUCCUGGCAAUCAUGUCCAGUUCUCUGCGUGCGCUUUGUCAAGACGGUGAUGGAAAAAUCCCUUCCCAUAUUCAAAUCAGUGGACGAUGCAUGCUGCAGGAUUAUUUGUUCGGAAACACCAAUUACUGGACUGGAAACAGUGGUUUCGUGUCGCUCAAUCUUCCGGUUGUUGAGGGUCUUGACCGAAAGCAACUUUUCCGAGCGAUUCGUUCAUCAAUUACGCAAAUACAUCACCAGCAAGUGAUGCUGAAUUUUUUAACUGUAGCUCAGCUCAAGCAUGACUUUUUGACGGAUGCUUUGCCGCUGGUUGUGAUGAAAUUACUCAUGAACUAUCUGUCGAGGCGGUUUGCGGUAACGGUGACGGAAAUCAUUGAAAACCAACCCUUUCGGGAACGUAAAAAUUUGUUGGGACAUGUGGUCAGAGAUAUCAUCUACUUUAGACCUCCUCAAUCGAACACGAGUGUUUCUAUCACAAUACAAACAUUUAAUGGUGAGGUACGUUUUGCAUGCAUGGCCGAUUCCAAUAUAAGCCCCAAGCACUUAGCUCUAACAUCGGGUUUUCGAAAACAAUUUGUUGCUUUGAAGGAACAGUGAGUGUUUGAAAAUCAAUAUAUUGUUUGAGAAAAG